AUGAGACGCAAACUUUCAGACAGUUCUGACGAUGAGUUGAAUUUCACAACCGGAACUGGAAGGUCAGAUCCGCUAUUGUAUACAAAAGCAGAUGGGUAUGCUGACCUAGAUAAACAAGGAAGUAUAUUUGGAGAUGAGAAUCCGUAUCAGAAAGCAGGAAUAUUCUCAAGAUGGCUCUUCAACUGGGUCACACCACUUGUACGAUUUGGGUACAAAGAGCAAAUUAAACUUGAGCAUUUAAGUGCUCUACCAGAUAAAUACGAUACUGCUUAUCAAGAGAACAAAUUAGCAGUAUAUUGGGAUAAAUAUAAGCAUAAUAAGACUGGGUAUCCAUUGAUUAAAGCUAUCUUUAUGGCUUACAAAGGAGAGUUCUUCUAUGCAUUUUUGUUGAGUUUUAUUAGUUCACUUCCAGAGAUAGCAAUUCCCUUUGUCAUUCAGAGAUUCUUAGAUUUUAUCGAUGACCCUAAUGAGGGUGUGUGGAUAGGAAUCUUGUUUGCAUUCCUAUAUGUUGCAUUAUCUUUUCUUUCAAGAGUUAUAAUGGAGCAAGGUACAUUUUUCCAGAUGCAGCUCGGUUCAAAAUGUAGUGCUGGACUUAUUGCAUUGAUUUACGAUAAGGCACUUAAAAUUUCUUCUUCUACAAACAAAAAGUUUACCCAAGGAGAGAUAGUUAACUUCAUUCAGGUUGAUGCAAAGAAAAUCAUUAUGUUCGCAUGGAGGUUGCCAGGACUCUCUAAAUUGCCAAUUAUCCUAAUUUAUUGCAUCAUCAUGUGAUUUAUUUACUUUAGUUAUACAUUCUAUAGUGGAUGAAUCUUUAUUGUUUGAACAAUUGCAGUAAAUUAUGUAUUGGCUAUUUUUACAGCUAGAAGACAAGCAAAAGUUCUUACUGCAAAAGACUCAAGGAUGAGAUUGAUUACUGAAACAAUAAACAGCAUUAAGAUCAUUAAACUCAACUCAUGGAUUGAAAGGUUCAUGAAGCAAAUCAAAAAGCUCAGAGAUACAGAAAUUUGGAUGCUAAAACUAAGAUUCUCGCUUACUCUUCUAAACUUGCUGGCCAUCUUCCUGCUUCCCUCUUUCCUUAUUCUGACUGUAUUUAGCGUUGCUAUUAGGUCAGGGAUAAGGUUUAGAGCUUCAACUGCUUUUGCUGCUCUGCAAGUACUAAAUUUGCUCAGAGAUCCAACAAGAUGGCUCCCUUUCUUCAUUGGAGUAAUGAUGGAAUUUGGUGUAUCAAUGAAACGUAUCCAAGUUUUUCUCCAAGGGGAAGAGAUCAAUCACAAAAUGCUCGAGUAUGAUAAAAACAUGGCCCCAGAUCAAGCAAUCUUAAUAAGCGGAGCAAACUUCUCAUGGGGAGGAGAGAAAAUUGAUGAUAAUGAAGAAAAGGAUAAAGAAAAAGAAAAGGAACUCAAGAAGAUUCAAAAGGAAGCCCAUAAAGCGAUCAGAGAAAAUGAGAGAAAGAAAUCAGAGGAUUUAGAGCAGAAUAGUCCAAAGAGAUAUAUGAUAAAUGAUGAAGAAGAAUCGAAAGACAAUUUAAGUGAUUCUAGUUCUCCAAGUGAAGAAGAAACUCUUUCUACUUCUUCAUCAGGCAAAAAGAAAGAUAUGCUAGUGAAGGAUAUCAUCACACUUAAAAAUAUUGGGUUGGAUAUUAAAAAGGGAGAGUUUGUUUGUAUCAUUGGAGAAAUCGGUUCUGGAAAAUCCUCUCUAAUUAAUGCCAUUCUGUCAGAUCUCAUCUAUGUGUCUGAUGAAACAGUAUCAGAUCUUAGUGAAAAAGUAGUAGAUGACAAAGUAAUAGAAGAAAUUUUCGACAGAUCUAGGCAUGAAGGCAUCAUAAAAGCAUCUGGGUCUCUUAGUUAUGUCCAACAGAUCCCUUGGAUUCAGAACAAGACUAUCAGGGAUAAUAUCUUAUUUGAAAAUGAGAUGGAUGAGGAUAGGUAUAAUAGAACAGUUGAAACUUGACAACUUGCUAAAGAUUUCGAACAACUUGAUGGAGGGGACUUAACAGAAAUUGGAGAAAAAGGAAUCAACUUGAGCGGAGGACAAAAAGCAAGAGUUAGUUUGGCAAGAGCUGUCUAUGCCCAAAAAGAUAUAAUCUUAAUGGAUGAUCCAAUCUCAGCAUUAGAUGCUGGGACUAAAGCUAAAAUUUUCGAUCAAGUUUUCGAUAAGGAUCUUCAAGGAAAAACUAGAAUUCUGGUGACUCAUGCAGUUGAUUUUUUGGAUAGGGUUGACAGGAUUAUCAUAAUGGAUCAUUGUAAGAUCAAGUAUAUUGGAACAUAUGAGGAGCUACAAGGAAAUGAAGUUAUUCAACACAUCAUCGAAACUCUGAAGAAGGUAUCUCAAAAAGAAGAAGAGGAAGAAGUUGCUGAAAUACAAGAAAUUGAGCUCCAAAGGAAAACUAGUAGCGAAGGUUCAGACUCCAACAAAAAUAAGCUUGAUUCAAAUGAGCUAGAUGGGCCAUCUCAAGAUGACAAUAAACAGAUUUCGUAUCUUAGUGAAAAAUCCUCUAAAAUUACCUCUGACGAGUUUGAAGAGAAGGUCAGUGUAGAUUGGAAUGUAUACUUUAAAUACUUUUGAUCAAAUGGCACAUGGAUAGCUUUAUUUUCAGGAACCUUUCUGAUUGUAGUAUAUGCUUGGUGUGGUAUACAAACCAAUAGAUUUAUUGGUAGAUGGAUCGGAGAUAUUGAGGAAGAAGGAAGUUUUAGCAAAUAUUUAUGGACUAUUAUUGCAUAUUCUAUAGGUUUUGGAAUAUCUAUAUCUGCAGCAUUUGUCAUAAUAAUGCUGAGUGUUUUAAGAUCAUCCAAUAAUCUUCAUCGAAAUAUGGUAAAGAAAACUUUAAUGGCACCUAUAAACUUAUACUUUGAUAAAACACCAACUGGCAAACUUCUCAAUAGGUACUCCAAAGAUAUCAAUAAAAUGGAUGCAGAUAUGCCUUUCCUUGUUACAUUUGUUAUUGAGUGCCUUUCUUGGGUUGGAGCAACGAUAUUUAUCACUGCUUUAAUAUCACCAUGGUCUCUUAUCUCAAUUCCUUUUGUGAUGAUCUCAGGUGCUUUUCUCAUAAGAUACUACAUUAGAUCCUUCAGAGAGAUGACAAGAAUUGAGUCUGUUACAAAUAGUCCAAUCCUGAGCAAUUUUGGAGAGACUAUUACUGGGGCAACUACCAUCAGAUGCUUUAAAAACCAGAAGAAAUUCAUUAAGACAAAUUACAAAUUAGUGGACGAUAAUUUGAACUCAUUCUUUUGGGUGAACUCUUUGAACAUUUGGUUCUCCAUCAGACUUCAGUAUAUCUCUUCUAUAAUGAUGAUAGUUUCUCUUGGGUUCUGCAUAGGCUUUAAAUAUUCAAGCGAUAUUGAAACUGUUGGGACUCUUCUCAUUUAUCUUCUUAUGCUUCAGGCUAAUGUUCUUUGGUUCUUUAGAAUCGCAUCUGAAAUGGAAGGGGCAAUGGUUUCUUACGACAGAUGUGAUCAAAUACUGAAGAUCCCUCAGGAAGCCUUCAAUACUCACCCUCUUCCUCCCAGUAGUUGGCCAACAAAUGGAAAGAUUGUCUUUGAUAAUAUCUGCUUAAGAUAUAGACCAGAAACUGAGCUUGUGCUUAGAAAUUUAAGUUUUGAGAUCGAACCUGGACAGAAAGUAGGAGUCAUUGGAAGAACAGGAGCUGGGAAGAGUACAGUAUGUCUAGCUCUCUGUAGAAUCAUUGAAUGAGAGUCUGGGUCUAUCCUUAUUGAUGGAGUAGACAUAAAGAACAUUGAUCUUGCAGCUUUAAGGAAGAAAAUUACAAUCAUUCCCCAAGAUCCUAUUUUGUUCGAAGGAAGUUUGAAAUUCAACCUAGAUCCGGAGGAAAAUUGAGAUCAGGCAACUAUUUUAAGACUGGUAUCCAAGGCUAAGUUGCAAGAACUCUGGGAUUCAGGAAAAGAAAUAGCUUCAAAUGGAGAGAACCUAAGCUCUGGAGAAAAGCAGCUGAUAUGUAUCUGCAGAGCAAUUCUGAGGAAAAGUAAAAUAAUCCUUAUGGACGAGGCUACAGCUAAUAUUGACAUUAAAACAGAGGAAAUUAUUCAAAAGCUAAUUAUCGAAGAGUUUAAGGAGUCUACAGUGAUCACUAUUGCACACAGGUUGAAUACAAUUCUAAAUUCUGAUAAGGUUCUGAUCCUUGAAAAGGGAGAACUUGUUCACAGAGAAAUAGAUGACUUCAGAGAGUAUUUUGCUUAAUCAUUGCAUCUGAGUAUUAUAGAAUAAUCUAAUUGGAGAACAGAAUAUAUU